AUUAUUCUAAGGUCGAAAUCGUCGAGAUCAGCCGUCAGUUACACGGUAAUAGUAUUUCUCUGUAAAAACUCCAGAAGCGACGUCUUUUAUUGAAAAUGCCCAGAGGAAGCAGAAGCAGGACGUCCAGGAUGGCUCCCCCAGCCAGCCGGGCACCUCCUCCUCCUCCUCCCCCCAUGGCUCGAGCUGCACCCCCUCCCUCCCACGCCCCGGUUCCAAUGCAGGCUCCUCCGUCUGCUGUGGGUGCCCCGGCGGCAGCACCCAGGCAGCCGGGCCUGUUUGCCCAGAUGGCCGCUACAGCCGCCGGCGUAGGCAUCGGAUCUGCGGUGGGCCACACCAUCGGCCAUGCGAUGACCGGAGGGUUCGGUGGAGGACAUUCAGAGCCUGCCAAGCCUGAUGUCACAUACCAGGAGCCGUAUCAAGCCCAGCCCAUGUACCAGCAGCAGCCACAGCCCAUGUACCAGCAGCAGCCACAGUCUAUGUACCAGCAGGAGAUGCCUCAGCAGCAGCAGGCCUGCUCCUACGAGCUCAAGCAGUUCAUCGAAUGCGCACAAAACCAGAGCGACCUGAAGCUCUGCGAGGGCUUCAGUGAUGUGCUCAAACAGUGCAAGUUUGCUAACGGUCUUUCGUGAGAUGGAGAGAAAAACCUGCAGAGAGAUGACCGCACAUCUUCUGGAUACCAAGAGGGCGUCAUUCAACAGAAAUCAAAACAAUAAACACGAGUUAUUUUGAGAGUCGCACAUCAGAUAGCAUAAAUUAUUUCUGCAGAGCUUUGUAAACAUAGUCUUAUAAAUAAUGUUUAUAUAUUUUGGCAUGGCUUGUUUUGAGUUGAUUGUCAGUUGUAGUGUCUGUGAUUUCAGUUUAAGACUCCUCCCGUUAGCUCAGGAUUUCUGGUGCAAUAAACACAAUUUUCCAUCUUCUGGAUUCCAAGAUGACAACAUUCUGCUUGGAACUAGUCUGAAACUAAUAAAGCACUUGGAUC